AUGCAAGAAGUAAACCUAGCGUUAAAAGAGUGUGGUUUUGGACGUUUCCACGUGAAGCUACUGCUAUCAGCUUAUGUAGGUUAUACGUGUGGAUUGGCUGUGUCCAUGAACACUCCAUAUAUAUUGCCUAUAGCUGAAUGCGAUUUGAAUAUGAGCUUGUUACAAAAAGGGGUGCUGAAUGCUAUACCGUAUGUUGGAAUGAUUGUGUCAUCAUCAGUAGCUGGAUUUUUAACUGACACAUUCGGUCGAAAACGGUUUAUAGUUUAUGGAUUUUUUGGAAUGUUCAUUUUUACCGUUAUUUCUGGUUUGAGCCAGAGAUAUUACGUUCUAGUAACAUCGAAGUUUUUUGAGGGAUUGCUAUUUGCGGCCUCGUUUAGCCCAUUCUUGGCGUUAACAUCUGAACUGUGCCAUUCCGGUAUCAGGGAUCGAGUGAUGCUGGUCCAAUCGUCCUUUGUGGCCAUCGCACAGAUUUCUGUCGCUUUAAUUUCCUGGGCAAUCCUGAGGUAUGAUUGGAGGGAUACGUUGUUCGAUGGAUAUAUUGUUCUCAACACAUGGAACUACUACCUUCUAAUUAUGUCAUUCUGGUCGCUCCUUGCGAGUAUCUUAUACAUGUUUAUUCCUGAGAGCCCCAAGUACUUGAUAACACAGCACAAAUACAAUGAAGCAAGGUCGGUCCUGAUUCAAAUAUACAACGAAAACACGGGAAAACCAGUUGAAAGUUUUAAGUAUGCAAAUUUAUGGAAAGACACAAUGAAACAAGAUAUAGAUGAAACACCGGAAGGCGAACAGAAAAGCCAACUAUCAGUCGGGUUUGAGAAUAUUAAACCGCUGUUUAAAAGGCCAUUGUUGUGGUAUCUCUUACUCUUCUGCUUUAUAAACUUCUUUACAAUGACGCAAUACAACGUGCUUCGUCUGUGGUUCCCACAACUAUCCACAAUCGUUGAGAACUAUAGACAGAAUGGGACAGAAGAUCUCUGUGUUAUGUUGGACACCUACACUCACGAUCUUCGAAUUAAAAUUAGCAACGCAAGUGUGGAUGACGUGUGUGUACCGGUGCGAAGUGGAGACGAAACUUAUUUAAACACAGUCAUAUUAGGAUGUAUAUGUCUCGUGCCAUUUAUCAUUACGAGUAUCCUAGUGAAUAGGGUUGGCAAGAAGAACUUGUUCCUCGUCUGCGGUUUAUUAUCUGUGGGCUGUACAAUUGGUCUGAGGUGGAGUGUUUCUAAGAUCGCAUUGGUAUCAUUAUUUUCGGUUGGCGUGUCAGCCGCGCAAACUAUGCUGAGUUUGACGCAGGCUAUGAUUGUAGAACAAUUCCCAACAAGUUACAGGUCACUGGCAAUGGGUCUAAUUAUGACGGCUGGUCGUAUGGGCACGUUGAUCGGUAACAUAACAUUCCCAAUUCUGCUGAACUUGGGGUGUGUGGUUCCAUUCUUCACUUUAGCUGGACUUAUGUUAGGCAAUACUACAAUGGCAUUGUUUUUGCCGACCAAGAAGAAAUAG